AUGCUCAUCGCCGCAUACCGGGGGAUCAAGUUUGGCGAAGCGGAGCGCUGGAUGCCUUCCACGGAAGUCUGCCCAGGAGCUCCGCGGAUUGCGAGGCAGGAGGGCCCCGCGUGCAUGCAGUGGAACUUGUACAAUGAGCACGGCGGGCAGAGUGAGGACUGUUUGUACCUCAACGUGUUCGCGCCGGGAUGUGCGCCCAUUGGCGCCUGCAGCAACCUCCCGGUCGUAGUUUUCCCUCCCGGCGGUGGCCUCGUGUUGGGCGACAACUCGGGCUACGCCGGCUUGACCAAUUUCGUCGCAGAGGCCGGCGACAUCGUGAUGGUCGUCU